GCCAGCUGGAAACUCAGAACGCGAUACAUGCUCUCGCACUUCGGCUUCUUCUUCAGCCAGUUCGGCAGGUUCAUCGCACCCGCCUACUACCAUGACCGCUGCGAAAGGUCGGUCCAGAUGCGGUUGUACACGAUGCACAAGCGCGAGUUCGUGGUCGUCUUCCUGGUGUUCUUCGCCUGCCUCUGUCUCUGCCUGUUCGUCGGCCUCGCCGGACCGCCCAUCACCUCCACGGUCGUCCGCACCGCCUCCGAGCUCACGCCUCCCGGGGAGAACGUCACGAGCGUCAACAUGGCCACAGGUCCUUUUGUCCUCAAGACGCCGCCACUCACCGCCUACAGUCAGCAACUUUGGGUCAUUGCACAGAUCAGCAUGAAGGAAGAAGAUGAGGAUGAAACAUUCAGAAAGUCAUUCCACGUCCGAAUAAAGAUCCAGGGUAUCACAACGAAAGGUCAAGUGGUGGAUGUCUCUGGAACAACAGAACCGCACAUAAGAACACGAGAAUUGGUGUGUUCCGGAAAAGUGUGCGAGGGUUUCACGGUUCUACACCUGGGCUUCCUGGAUUACUCUCGUUAUUUACUCACCGUAACAUUCUAUGGCCUUGAGACGAUAGACGAGAAAUAUCACAUUGAAGACGUCACGUUUUAUUACAAGAGCUACAAUGCUUCGUUCACACAAUUGGAAAUCUGGUUCAGGUUUAUCUUCCUUCUCGCAACAUUUGCAGUCACGUGUUGGUUUGCCCACACAUUACGGAGAUUUGUGUUCAGAGACUGGUCCAUCGAGCAGAAGUGGAUGUCGGUUUUGCUACCAUGCCUCUUGCUACACAACGACCCAGUGUUUCCAAUGUCGCUGCUGGUGAACAGCUGGGUACCCGGAAUGCUAGAUGCCAUGUUCCAGGCCACUUUCUUGUGUGCUCUGCUGCUGUUCUGGCUGUGUGUUUAUCAUGGGAUCAGACAGAAUGAACGACAUCUAGCAACUUUCUACCUGCCCAAGCUUUUUGUCGUUGGGAUGCUGUGGACGUCAGCCUUUGUCUUAGCUUCCUGGCAACGCUACAACGAACUCAGGGACCCCACUUACAACUACAAGGUGGACACACAAGCAUUUGCGGGGCUCAAGAUAUUCUUCUUCACCAUGGGAUCCAUAUACCUUGUCUACCUGCUGUACCUUGUGGUCCAAGCAUACACAGAGCUUAGGUCUAUGCCUUAUUUUGAUGUCCGGCUCAAGUUUAUGACGUCGCUGAUGCUGAUCGUCCUGACGCUGAGUGUGGUCAUCACCGUGAUGCGGUUCGGCAUCUCUGUGCUGGAAGACAACUUUGUGGCCGACCUCUCGACCAGCUACGGGAGCUCGGCAGAGUUCAUGUCCUUCUACGGCCUGCUCAACUUCUACCUGUACACCAUGGCAUACGUCUACACCCCACCUCCAAACGCUUUUCUAGAACCUCACAUCAAGGACAACCCAACCCUUUCGAUGAUGAACGACUCCGACGAAGAAGUAAUAUAUGGGUCAGAUACGGAAGAACGGCUGCUGAACCCCGUGCGCUUGGGACAAGACAAGGAGGAAAGCGACUGAGUGACGACAUAUCAAGCUCGGUGAGGACAUCUGGCAUUCAGCUACCGAUCGAAGAUACAAGGUUUACGGACCGGCCGAGAACAUCUGGGCUUGCAGAUAACUUCAAAAACGACACUUGCAAUGUAAUACAGGGCUGACAAUAAAAGCAGAUAUUUUUUUAUAAGCUUGUUUUCCUACGG